AACUUUCAGCUAUAAAACCUGAAAACUCUGAGCUGGAACGUCAGAACGCCCAGCAGCCCAACUGAGAUCAGAUCAAGCAGAACCACAACUGAUCCCACAUCAGCCAUGGACCGAGCCAUCCUCCUGCUGUCAGUCAUGUGUCUGGGCGUCUCCUCUCAGCCAAUCACAGACAGCCAGCGGCUGUUCUCCAUCGCCGUCAGCAGGGUCCAGCACCUCCACCUGCUCGCUCAGAGGUUCUUCUCUGAAUUCGAGAGUUCCCUGCAGACGGAGGAGCAGCGGCAACUCAACAAGAUCUUCCUGCAGGAUUUCUGCAACUCGGAUUACAUCAUCAGCCCCAUCGACAAGCAUGAGACACAGCGCAGCUCCGUGCUGAAGUUGUUGUCAAUCUCUUACCGCCUGGUGGAGUCCUGGGAGUUUCCGAGCCGAUCUCUGUCCGGAGGUUCUGGUCCGAGGGCCCAGAUCUCACCCAAACUGACGGAGCUGAAGAUGGGAAUCAUGCUGCUGAUCAAGGCCAAUCAGGACGUACCAGAGAUCUUUACUGACACCUCAACCCUCCAGUUGGCGCCUUAUGGAAAUUAUUAUCAGAGUCUGGAAGCUGACGAGUCGCUGCGGAGAACCUACGAACUGCUGGCGUGCUUCAAAAAGGACAUGCACAAGGUGGAGACUUACCUGACCGUGGCAAAGUGUCGACUCUCUCCAGAGGCCAACUGCACUCUGUAGCCACGCCCUCCCGGAGUAAGCCCCGCCCCUUGUAGUAGUGGUGUGUCGUUCCAGCUGAAAUUCUGACGUUGCUGUGAUGGAAGCCGCCAACAGGAAGUGAUGUCACAGCAGUCGUAAUAUGUAAAAUAAAGUGUUGUCUGUGUUGCAUUUA